AUGGACGUGGACGAUGGAUCCGAAGAGGAUGAAGUUCAGGCUCUCAACAAUUCCUAUUACGUUAAAGGGAAACAAAAGGACGAACGUCCACCACCGCCUCCUGGUUCCGGAUUAGGUCGGGGCGCCAACAGGGUCAACAUCCAGGUGGGAGCCUCCCUCUACCACCCUUCUAAAUCCAACUUUCGGCACGCGGUGUCUCCAAGCCGGGAAGACAAGUCUGAUACGAAGUGGAAAGAACUGUCCUUAAUCAGUGAUUUCUGGUUUCAGACCUCAUCCACGGGCUCCUCCAAUGAGUGCCAUGUCUGGUUCUCUGAACUCAGAUGCACCACCCACCUGACCUCUGGGGCGUUUCCAGCGUAUCAUCAAACACUCAUGAAGGUCGAUAUCGACACGAAAGUUAAGGGCGCUCGAAUUUAUAAUGCGACUCCACGUACCACUCUGGCCCGCGAUCAAGCUUGGACUCAUGCUCAAGGGACGAAGGCGGUGUCGCAAAACGCUCUAAAGUUUGGGUUCAAGCUUCCUAUCGGUCUCAGUGAGGCAGUGGAGGGUACGCACAUAAAGGAAAACUCCAGUGUCGUUGAGCAUCGAGUUCACGGCUCGGCCAUCAGGAAGCAGGAAUCAUUCGGGAGGAUCUGGUGGACCUUCGACGUCGACGAUGAGAACCAGAGGAAGUGCGGCUUGGACGUUCCACAGGGCAGUCUUCCCCGCGCUUCUCUAGAGUUUUUCCGCUUGAAAGGAAAACAGCCCAUGCCUCUAUCCUCCUCCCCAACCAGCAGUUCUUCGUCGUCGUCAGAGCCCGAGUCGGAAUGGCCGUGCUUGGAAAUCGUGUUUUCAUCGUGCUGGUCAUUGAUUGGCCAGCAAAAAUCGCGGAGUUGGCGAUUCUGGGAAGAUGGCGACACGACCGGUGUUCACUACUCGAAUUUUGGUCAGUGGGUUUUGAUGGGGGUCCCUACUGGUUUGUCAGAGGACUCGCGCUUUUCUGGAGAGAUGGAAAUCAAGAAUCAACCCGGUCUAAAGGUGAAGUUAUAUGCCAGUGAAGGACCGGCAAUGGUUACUCCAGCAUGUUUUCCGUUGACAGACAGGAGGAUAUUCGAUGGAUAG